AUGGCGCGAGUUGUUCGAUCGCUUCUCAUAGCUUUCCUUAUUUGCUGGUUGAACAACAACAGCUACCUGGCACAAGCACAGGAUCGGACAGCCGAAUUUCGAAACAAUUUGAUUGCCGAACAUUCACGGAAAACAUUUCAAGACACAAAUUCAGAAGAGACAGUUCAAACGAUACUCGAUUCGAUCCAUUCGGCUUCUUCCACUCAAACGAUUCGUCCCACUCCGAUCUCCGAUGUGCUUCACGGUUUUACUCACGAAUUCGUCGAAAGUUCUCGCGAACAUUUAGAGAAAGAAACCGACGCGAACAUUUUCAAAAAGCUUUGGUACGAUCCAGCCUUUAGAGUUCACUCGCUAUGCGAGCCACACAACUCCGGCAAUCAAAACGAACAACUUGUUUGGACCGAGUCCGGUGAUCGCUUAUUGAAAAUCAUUGGUAACGGAGUGGUUGCCGGUGGUUACAAUAUGAUGAUGGCACCGAAUCAAGCGCUAGGUAAACGAACCGAGGUUUACGUGGCGAUGUACAUCGAAUCGAUGUCCUCAUUUAAAGCACAAACUAUGGAUUUUGAAAUGGAUAUGUACUUGGCGAUGGGUUGGUUUGAUCGCCGUUUAGCUCACAACUGUACGCAUCCGAUUUUGGUGACGAGUAAGGUGAUCGCCGAUCGAAUCUGGCAUCCUGAUCUCUACUUUGUCAACUCGAAAUUCGCUUAUUUACAAGAGGUCACUACCCCGAAUUUCAUGGUUGUCGUCUAUCCAGAUGGUUUGGUGUUUAAAUCGGUGAGAGUCGAUGUAACCCUCUCUUGUAUGCUCGAGUUGCAAAUGUUUCCAAUGGAUUUUCAAGAAUGUCCGAUACUCAUUCAGAGUUAUGCAUAUAUUGAGAACAUUGUGAAGCUUCAUUGGCACAUCGAUCAUCCACAUUUCCCUGUUGGAUCCAAUCAGGAUAUAAAGUUAAACGACAUGGAGAUUGUUGAUAAAAAGUUCGAGGAUUGCUCUGGGGCGUAUCCGAUGUUUCGUGGAAGCUCAAACUGGUCGUGCAUAAAGGCGUCAAUUGUGAUGAAGCGACUCGUCCUUUUCCAUAUCAUUCAAACAUACAUUCCUACUGGUAUGCUCGUUGUGAUUUCGUGGAUGUCCUUUUGGCUUGAUCCGAGAGCCUCACCGGCAAGAAUUUCUCUAACGAUCACCUCAUUGCUGACUCUGACAACGAUGAGCAAUGGAGCACGUCAAGAUUUGCCACAAGUUUCUUACAUAAAAGCUCUCGAUAUUUGGCUGACAUUCUCUCAAGGAUUGAUCUUUCUCGUUCUUCUCGAGUACUCGUUUGUCUCCUUUUACAUCACGCGUCGGGUUUUCGACUGUGUUCAUCGAAAAUUUCAGCAGAAACUUUCCAAUCAUAAUCAUCACAAGCACUCGGGUGAAGAUUAUAAAUGCGAAGAAGCGCCCACACCAGAGAGCUUUCCAUUUGCUCGCUCUGGCCGCGAAUCCCCACCACCGCCGCAAAUCAUCGUCGAUGGAGUGAAUGGAGAGCUGAACAAUGGAUCGGUGCUUGGAGGAUCGAUGAGAGAAUCACUUGUAUCGGAAAAGGAUCGAGAUGCGGCACGGGAACACGAGAAACAGCCAUUCACCGUCACUCAUGGAUUGUCGCAAUGCAUGAGUCGAACUGCGGCGUUGAAUCGAGCACUGUGCGGCGAUGAGUUCCCACCGGGGACAACGUUUCGACCACGAUUGGCAUCAUGGGUGGAAUUGGAAGUGGAAACGGCUGCUCUUGUCUCAGCCACUCCACACGCAGCCGCUCAUAUCUACAACAAAUUUGAUUUCACGAAACCGUGCACAAAAUGCGCUUUGGAAAAUGAGAGAACGGCAAGGAAAAUUGAUCGAUACUCUCGUUUCGUUUUUCCAAUGGUUUUCGUGAUUUUCUGUGUCGCCUACUGGUCUUACUAUUAUUGGAUCAAAAGCGAGAAUGAGGCAAAAAACAAAAAC